UCGAAAAAGAAGACACUUUAAUGAGAAAAGCAAUUCCUGCCUAUCAUCGCUUAUCACUGACAUUAAGGUUCUUGGCCAGCGGAAAUAGUUUCGAAGAUUUAAAAUUCUUGACAGCUGUUUCUCCGCAAAGAAUUGAACACAUAGUCAUGGUCCAUGGAAACAUGCGAACCCAUCAUCAAAGUUCUGAAGGAAUACAUCAAGUUACCUGAAUAUGAAAGCGAAAGGAAGAUGUUGGCUGAAUCUUUCAAUCAACGCUGGAACUUUCCUCAUUGUAUUGGUGCUAUCGAUGGCAAGCAUGUGUCUAUAACGAAACCACCAGGAACUGGUUCUCAGUUUUUCAAUUAUAAGAAGCAUUUUUCAAUUAUUUUGAUGGCUAUUGUUAAUUCCAAUUGUGAAUUUAUUAUGGUAGAAGUUGGAGCAAAUGGACGCUGUUCAGAUGCGGGAAUGUUUGGCGAAACCAAAUUCUUUUCAAAACUAAAACAGAAUAGGUUGAACAUUCCAGCGCCCGAAUUGAUCUCUAACUUCAGUAUAGAAAUGCCUUAUGUGUUUGUUGCAGACGAUGCUUUUCCACUGAUGACAAAUAUCAUGAAACCCUUCAGCCACAAAUCAAUGGACAAAAAAGAAAUGAUAUAUAACUAUCGACUUUCUCGCGCACGAGGCAAUGUGGAAAUGACUUUUGGCCAGUUAACAUCGAAAUUUAGAGUUUUAUUGAAGCCCAUAAAUUUAGCACCAGAAAAAGCAACAACAAUAACUUUAGCUUGCUGUUAUUUGCAUAACUAUCUGCGAAGAAAGAAAGAUACAGUAUAUGCAAGUAAUGAAAGUACAGAAAAUCUUAAUACGGAUCCAUUAACUCCUUUGAGAUCGACAACUGCAAAAAAUGUUUGCAACAACAUCAAGAGUAUAAGGCAAAACUUCUGCGAAUAUUUCAAUACUAUUGGAGAAGUUUCAUGGCAAAACAAUGUUUACGAAAAAUUAAUUAAUCCAAACACACAAAAAUGA